AUGCAGCAUGGACAGACACUACAAAAAUUCAGAUGGCAAGUAAUGAUUUCUUUAUUUUUCUGGCUGUGCCAUUCAGUUACAGGUCAGAUUCAUUAUUCCAUUGUAGAAGAAUUGAGAAAAGGUUCACUCAUUGGACAUUUAGCAAGAGAUCUAGGAAUGAAUAUUAAGGAUCUUUCAGUAAGAAAACCCCGUAUUGUUUCACGUUUGUCUGAAAAAUAUUUCAGCAUAAAUCUGGAUAAUGGUAAUCUAUAUAUUGCAAGCAGGAUAGACAGAGAGACACUGUGUGGGGAUGCAGAUGAUUGUGUCCUGACCUUUGAUGCUGUGGCUGAGAAUCCCUUAAAUGUUUUUAAUGUUAAGAUUGAAAUUCAAGAUAUAAAUGACAAUCCACCAAGAUUUCUCUAUGAAACAAUUAGAUUGGAAAUAAGUGAAUCUGCUUCACCAGGAGCAAGAUUUGUUUUGCAGAAAGCUGAAGAUUUGGAUAUAGGAAUGAAUACAAUAAAAAGCUACAAACUCAGUUCAAAUGAGCACUUUGUCUUAGAAGAAAGGAUCAGCUCUGAUGGCAGUAUAUUUCCUGAACUCGUUCUAGAAAAGCCUCUAGACCGAGAGACACAAGAUUACCAUGAACUAAUUCUAUCAGCUGUUGAUGGAGGGAAACUUGUUCUAACAGGGAGCACACUGAUUAAGAUUGCUAUCACUGAUUUUAAUGAUAAUACACCUAUAUUUACCCAAGAAGUAUAUAAAGUAAGCAUUAAAGAAAAUAUACUAUUGAAUUCUACAGUUUUGCAGGUCAGUGCAACUGAUGGGGAUGAAGGUGUAAAUGCACAAAUUACAUAUUCGUUUAGUACCAUGGCAAAUAAUAUUCUGCUGAUGUUUGAAAUGAAUCCUAGAACUGGCGAAAUUUCAACAAAAGGACACGUGGAUUAUGAACUUACAAAACAUUAUGACAUUUCUGUGCAAGCCAUUGAUGGUGGUGGACUGGCUGCACAUUCCAAAGUAUUAAUAGAAGUAUUGGAUCAGAAUGACAAUGCUCCUGAGAUCUCCAUCACCUCCUUGACUACUCCUAUCCCUGAAAACACAGCUUCUGGAACAGUGGUGGCCUUGAUUGAAGUUCAUGACCAAGAUACAGGAGAAAAUGGGGAGGUUCAAUGUGUUAUCACAGGUGAUGUGCCAUUCCAAAUACAGUCAUCUGCAAGCAAUUUCUAUAAAAUCAUUACAAAAAGUACUUUGGAUCGAGAAAAAAUGUCAUCCUACAACAUUACUGUUCAAGCUUCUGACAAAGGCUCACCUCCAAUGACUGUUAAAAAAGUUGUGCAACUAGAUGUGUCUGAUGUCAAUGAUAAUGCUCCUGAGUUUCAGAAGCUGACUUACACUGCAUUUGUUCCAGAAAACAAUUUGCCAGGAGCUUCAAUAUUCAGUGUUCAAGCAAGAGAUAUAGACAGUGGAAAUAAUGCCAAAGUAGUUUAUUCCAUAAGUGGUAUCAGCAAUGAUAAAGAUCCAGUGUCCUCUUUUAUAUCCAUUAACCCAGAAACUGGAGUUUUUUAUGCACAACGCACAUUUGAUUAUGAGUUGCAAAAGGAAUUUAUCUUCCAGGUCAAUGCCAAAGACAAUGGGAACCCAUCUCUGAACAGCAGCACAACUCUAAGAAUGUGUGUAGUAGAUCAGAAUGAUAAUUCACCAACCAUUUUGUAUCCAUCAUCAGAUGCUGAUAGCCCUGCCUUUGAGUUAGUGCCAUGGUCCUCUGAACAAGGUUCUUUAAUAUCCAAAGCGGUAGCUGUGGAUGCUGACUCUGGACACAACAGCUGGCUCUCUUAUUUUUUGCAAACGGCUGAACCAUCUUUUUUUACCAUUGACCAACACACAGGGGAGAUCAGGACAUCUCGUGUUUUUCAAGAGAAAGAUAUUUUAAAGCAUAGCAUUGUUAUUAUAGUAAAAGACAAUGGCUCCCCACCUCUCUCUGCUUCUGCCACUCUAAACCUGUUGAUUGCGGACAACUUUCAGCAAGUAAUUCCAGAAAUUACCGAUCAGACAAGUAAAUCAGAGUCCCAGUCCAACUUACAAUUGUACCUGGUAAUAGCCUUGGCAUUGAUUUCUUUUCUCUUCAUGUUGACAGUGAUACUAGCUAUCAUAUCCAAAUAUCGAGUGUCCAAGUCUCCCUCUUCAUUUGGAUCUUUGGCUGCAAAUCUCUAUCCUACAAUUGAUCCCAGAUUUCUUUCUCAGUUUAAUAGUGGAACAUUACAACUGCCUUACUCGUAUGAUGUUUGUGUAGCGUUGGAUUCAGCUGAAGGAGACUUUGCUUUCCUUAGACCUCAGUCCAGUGUUCCAGUGGAUCAUCUCAUUGAUACUGAUGAUUCUGGGAUUGGAAUUGAAAACUCAAAGGAUUCUUUACUUGCAGGCAAUAUCACUUCUCAGGUAUGCUUUUCAUAA